AUGGGCUGCGGAUUACCAUCAAAAAGAGUCAAUAGCAAGAAAGAGCAAGAGGAAGAUGAAGACACAUCUCUUACCUCAUAUAAUAAAAUAAAAUUCUUUAAAAAAAGCCAGACUUACCAUAUUUUUUUCAUUAAAAUUUUUUAAAUUGAUUCCUAAUUAAAUGGAAUAGAGCUAGAGACCACCCCGACAAUUCAUCAUCAUUUUACACACAACAUAAAUUUUUCCAUCCCGCUGAAAGCUCUUUUAACUAUACAGUUCACGGAGCGAAGUAUAGAAUUACUGUGGAACUUAUUUCCACCCCUGAAAAAUCUUUAGUGAUGUCUUAG